AUGUUAGCAACAACAGCACCAAACUCUUUAGUUAUGAACCCAACUUCAAUGUUAGUAGAGAUGAAAAGCUUCAUUCCUUCUUCAUAUACUUUCGAAACAGAAAUCCAGAAGAUAAAGCAAGAACUUCUCCAAGGAGAUUUAGAUUGCACUGCGAAAGAUGAAACAAAUGAAGAAUAUCUUUAUGAAAUGCAGGACCUCAUCGACCAUCUACCUAAACUUCCUGAAAUCCAACAACAAAAGCUCACUAUUCCAGAAUUCGAUGAAAUUGAAGUCAGACCAACCGACUCAGUAGAAAUAAAGAAGUUCAUACGUAAGGUUAACUAUGAGUUUCUUGGAUUUCAUUGCAACCACAAAGUCAUGGACAAAGAUUGCGACAUGUUAUAUAAGAAUGUUUCUGACAUAUAUAAAUCGGAGGAGUUUAAGACCUACGACAACUUUGUUUCGUUAGUUGCUGAAUGUGUAUGGCAGAUAAGAGAUAAAGAUAAAAGAUGUAAAAUAUGGAACGAACAAAUAAAACCUGCAUGUUUUGAGUUAAAGAAAACCAUUGACGCCUUAGUUGUUCUAGCAGGUCAAAUUUCAAUGUACAAUGCAAAAAUGAACCCGCAAUGUUCAAAAUGUAAAGCGGCAAUUAGGAAAUAUAACUACUCCGUCAAAGAGAUAGAACGUAUGAGAAACGACUAUGCAGACUUAAAGAAAGAAGCAGAAAAGCCAGCAGAAGAUAAAAUGGACAU